AUGACAUCUAGUAACAUUACGGAGGACCUUUGUAACAUAUGCGACGGCAGAAUCGAAUGCGCUCCCACCGCCAUACUACUAAUAGCUCUCGUGCACACGCUGUACGGACACAUAGGACCUGAACCGGAUUACUUCGGGAAGAAGAGACACAGUCUGAUGAGACAGGAGAACGACCAGCCUCAGAGUUACUUGAAGUUUGAACCGAUCUAUAGACACAAGGUACUCGGUGAGGAUAGGAGAGACGACUUGGACACAGCUAACAAAUACGACUUCAUAGUGGUGGGAGGAGGGACGGCUGGCUGUGUUGUAGCGAGCAGAUUGUCUGAGAAUAGGAAAUGGAAGGUCUUGCUGGUGGAAGCUGGUCCCGAGGAACCGAAGAUGGCUCUCAUACCUGGACUCACCAGCGAGUUUAAAGGGUCCGCUCUUGAUUGGCAAUACUCUAUGAGACCAAAGAAGGGGUUCUGUCAAGAGCGUGAUUUAAAAGGUUGCGAGGUCGUACAAGGUCGAGUUCUCGGUGGAACUUCAACAAUCAACGACAUGGCGUACAUGAGAGGCAGCCCUGCCGACUAUGAUGAGUGGGCGCUCAACGGAAACGAAGGCUGGAGUUUCAGUCAAGUGCUGCCUUACUUUAAGUAUUCGGAAGGAAAUUACGAUAAAGAUAUAUCAAAAAACAAAUUCUUCCACUCCACGCAGGGACCCCUGGACGUCGGUCGAUAUCCCUUCGUAGACGAAAAUGUAGACGUUCUUCUGAGUGCUUUUAAUGAACUCGGUUACAACUAUACGGAUAUAAAUGGAAGGAAUCAGUUGGGAUUCAUGAGAGUACAGGCCAUGUCUUACUUUGGUGAAAGAGUCAGUGCUUACACAGCGUUCAUCGAACCCAUCAGGAAGUUGAGGACGAACAUAGAUAUAGUACCAGAGGCUCUGGUAACUAAGAUAUUAUUAGAAGAGAAGGAAGACAGUCUCAGAGCAGUAGGUGUAGAAUAUUACAAAAAUGGUACAAACGUAGUAGUAAAAGCUUCUAAAGAAAUCAUUUUGAGUGCUGGAGCAAUCAAUUCACCAAAAAUUCUUAUGCAAUCAGGUAUCGGUCCACGGGAAUACUUGGAGUAUUUAGAUAUGAAGGUGUAUUAUGAUUUACCAGUGGGAGCAAACUUUCACGAUCACUUGUCCGUGUGUUUGCCUGUCAUUAAACUUACUAAGACGUCUACGAUAUCAAAAUUCUCACAAAAGUUGAAAGAUAUAACUACGUAUUACACGAACGGUCUCGGACCUCUCUCGUCCAACUUUCAAGUUAUAGCGUUUUUUGAAUCGAGCAUAUCAGAUAUUUUGGGGACGCCUGACAUUGAAUUUAGGUUCAGAGGUCACGACUCAAACAUGUAUUACGAUAAAAUUGACAUUUGUACUUCAUUAAUAACACCAAAGAGUCGAGGACAGAUUAUAUUAAAUGCAACAGAUCCUAUAUUCGGCAAACCUUUGAUUUAUCCGAAUUUUUUGAAAGAUCCUUCAGACGAGAAAAAAAUAUUAGAAGGCAUUCAGGAAGUCGUAAAAUUAUUUGAUACUGAAGUGUUUAAAGCUGCUGAGUUUGAAUUUGAUCCGCGCCCGAUACUGGAUAACCAGUGUCGUGAACACGACAGAGUCUCAGAAGAGUUCUGGGCGUGCAUUAUAAGAGAGUUCUCAGUACCUCUCCAUAACUAUGUAGGGACAUGUAAGAUGGGGCCCUCAAAAGACCCCGAGUCAGUUGUCGACAAUAGUUUAAGAGUUUACGGAGUGUCUAACUUGAGAGUAGUAGACGCUUCAAUAAUUCCCAAAAUUACCAGAGGCGCCACCGGUGCCCCGGUGAUCAUGAUAGCUGAAAAAGCAAGUGACCUAAUAAAAACUACUUGGUAUUAA